AUAUACUUGACAUUUUUCACACAUUGGCUGUUGAUUGGACCAGAAGGAUUGUCCCUGAAAUUAAAUCACAGCGAGAAAGAGACGAAACAGCGGAAAAAGUAUUAUCGAUGCUUAAACUUCCUUCUUUGGGCGUGUGUUUUGGACUAAUGCGGACGGCUGUCGCCCAGCGGGACCACUGCGAGUCUGGGUUGUAAUUAACGUUAAAAACAAAGAACAGAGAAACAUUUUAAAGGCUUCCAAUGGCACAGAGUGGGCAUUCUUUUUCUAUCCAUGACAUACUAACCCGUGGACCUGAUAAUCAGGAUACCUUUACGGCCAUCAGGGAAUUUCCGCAGCUAUGUGCGCUGGCCCACUCAGAGCUGCAAACGGAUCAUCGAGAAAAUAAGGGAUGCCACGAUUCCACUGUAGCGGAGUGCACGGAACAACAUAACGGAGAUACAAGCAAAGAAUUCCAAACUGUUUGUGGUGGAGGAAUAACCAGCCAGUGCGGGGAAGACGAGGCUUUACCCUACAGCAACCCAUGCGAAGAAGAAUCGACCGGCAUAGAAGCGGAAUAUGAAGAAUACCAUAAAGUGAACCAGAAGGAGGAACAGCACGGGAAAUUGGAGGGCUGCGGCUUCGGCGAUCAACCGAAAUCCACCAAGAAACGGUCGCGAGCGGCUUUCUCUCACACCCAGGUUUACGAACUGGAAAGGCGUUUUAACUUGCAACGGUAUCUGUCCGGUCCGGAGCGGGCAGACCUGGCCGAAGCCCUUAAACUCACUGAAACUCAAGUGAAGAUAUGGUUCCAGAACAGGAGAUAUAAAACGAAACGACGACAAAUGGCAGCUGAACUGGCAACCAGCGCUACACCAGCCAUGGCAAAGAAAGUAGCUGUUAAGGUACUGGUGAGGAAUGACCAGAGACAAUACAGAGCGGAGGAACUGCCUAGCCCACCUCUCAUCCCACUAUACCAGGCCUAUCAGUACUGCCCUUACAUAUACUGCUUUCAGCCUUGGUUGUCAAACGCGGCGCUCUGCGCAGGAUUGCAUUAAAUCAAUAGGCUAUGUUAUGGGUAAUCAAGACGUUAUAGAAUUAUUAAAACGAACCUAACCAACUGUGUCAAACAAACUACUACAUGGGCUAGGCAAUGUUUACACUGAAUCAGACGUGAGCGUUUCAUAUUCGUAUUUCUUGCAUGGGCGACCUUACGCACCGAACUCUUUUAUGGAUAACACCCCUGGGUUACCUAUUCCUCUAAUCUUCCUGGUUAUCUAUUUUUCUAUUUCCCGCGAAUAUAGAGAUGGACGUCAUUGGUAAUAUAGCCUACUUUAAUAUUGACAACCCUAUACCAUCACCUGAGAGUGACGAUUUAUCGUUUUACGCACCUGUUCAUCAAAAAAUAUUGGUUUUCUAUAACUGGUAGGCUGCUAUGUCAAAAAACAAAAUCCCACGACGUGAUAAAUGCACAAUAAACACGAGGAGAUUUUAGGGAAAUGUGGCUGCAUAAUUCAAGCGUGUAAAAUUAUUUUAAUAAUAAAUGCCCAUCUUGAAAGGAUGUAGGCUAUGUUAUUGU